AUGCUUGUGCACAGCUACCCGGGCAUGGACCGCACCGAGGGGCUGCCCGGGGCGCCGGCCGGGGCCCGCCUGCCGCAGCUGCCCUCGCUCAACCAGGCACCCUACGGUUCGGCGCCACCGCUCUGCCACACGCCCGCCGCCGACUUCCAGCCGCCCUACUUCCCCCCGCCGUACCCGCAGCCGCCGCUGCCCUACCCGCAGGGCCAGGAGCCCGGCUACCCGCACCUGGCGGACCCGUACGCGGCGCUCAGCCCGCUGCACCAGCACCAGCAGCCGGCCUGGCCCCCCCAGCGCGGCCGGCAGGACGAACCGGGGCUGCUCUCGCAGACCCACCGAGCCCUGGGGCUCGACCCCCGCCGCGAGUACCCCGCCGUGCCCCGCCUGCUCCACGGGCUGCCCGACGGCAGCCACGGCCUCGCCGACGGCCCGCUGGGCCUCCACGGCCUCGGUCACCACGGCAUCGAGGAUAUCCAGGCCGUGGACGACGGCGGGAUGAACCUUCUCGAUCAGUCCGUGAUCAAGAAAGUGCCCAUCCCCUCGAAGGCCAACGGCACCACCAUCUCCAGCCUGUCAAUGAACAAGGAUGGCCUGGUUGGAGGGGUGACGAAUCCCAACGAGGUGUUCUGCUCCGUGCCCGGCCGCCUGUCCCUCCUCAGCUCCACCUCCAAGUACAAGGUGACGGUCGGGGAGGUGCAGAGGAGGCUCUCACCCCCCGAGUGUCUCAAUGCCUCCCUCCUCGGUGGGGUCCUCCGCAGAGCCAAAUCAAAAAAUGGGGGUCGGUGUUUAAGGGAAAGGUUAGAGAAAAUUGGAUUAAAUCUACCUGCAGGGAGGCGCAAAGCUGCCAACGUCACCCUGCUGACAUCCCUCGUGGAAGGUGAGGCCAUUCACCUGGCUCGGGACUUCGGGUACGUCUGCGAGACCGAGUUCCCGGCCAAGGCGGCGGCAGAGUACCUGUGCCGGCAGCACUCCGACCCCGCCGAGCUGCACACCAGGAAAAACAUGCUGCUGGCCACCAAACAAAUUUGCAAAGAGUUUGCAGACCUGAUAGCCCAGGACCGGUCGCCGCUGGGGAACAGCCGCCCCUCGCUGAUCCUGGAGCCCGGUGUCCAGAGCUGUUUGACUCAUUUCAGCCUCAUAACCCACGGCUUUGGGGGCCCGGCCAUCUGCGCCGCCCUCACCGCCUUCCAGAACUACCUGGUGGAGUCCCUCAAGGGGCUGGAUAAAAUAUUCAUGAACAGCACGGGGAACGGGCACAGCGGGGACUCCAAAGCGUCAGACAAGGAGGUGAAGCAUCGGAAAUAACGCGCUGCCUCCCCCCGGUGGGAGCUCCCCCCGGGCACCCGCGGUGGCACCGGGACGGGGCCGGGGAGAGACGACCCCAGUGCACUGUUUUCUGAACUCUGCUGCGUUCGAAGGCGGGAGGAAAACUCGUGAAGCAAACAGAAAAAAGACAAAAAAAAAAAAAAAAAAAGAGGAUUUAAAGAAUUUAAGAAGAAAACAGCUCUAAUGGACGUAGUGAGAUUGAGGGAAGCCAGGCUGACGGCUUUGGGGUUUUGCCUUUUUUUUUUUUUUUUUUUUUAAAUCGUGGAUGCAGGAAGCCAAGUCAUGUGCAAUUUGAGUUUGUUUUGUUUUGUUUAAAAAAAAAACGUAAUGAAAUCCUGAAGUGCUCCGGGAAUUUGCUUCAACUGAAAAACUGAGAGGAAAGAGGAGAAGCCUCGUCAGUGCAAGACCCAGAGCAGGAGCAGCCAAGGGCAGGGGGAUGGAGCCCUGGCUGCACCUGGAUUUAUCCACUGGUUUUGAGGCAAACACACAGGAAACCUUCCCCAUUCCCCACCUACAGCCCAUCCCUAACACCAGGCCAAGGAAAAUUGCCAGAAGAACUGCUUUGGAUUUAAAGCAGGUUCAGACUCCGUUUACAGCUUCAAACUGAGACUCACUGUGGAUUUUCCCAUGGGCUGAGGAGCCCCAAGCCUUGGCACGAGGGAGGAACAACCACCCAGUCCACAGGUCCCAAGGAGAGUCCUCCCAACUGCUGCCCUCAUGGCUGGGGACAAGGCAGGUGAAGUUAAACCCAGGACUAAUUAAACCUCCACAACCUACAGAUAACAGCACACAAGUUUCUAAAACAAACAGUAAUAGUUAAUAAAGCACAAGGAGCAGAACUUGAACCAGGCCAAACUGAACUGUUCUAAAUCUGUAUAUAUUUAUUUAUGUGUAAUUAAAAUCUGAAAGUUUUAAAAUGUCCAGUGCAAGUUAUUUAUAUCAAACUGAGUUGGGGUUUUUUUUUGUUUUGCCUUUUUUGUUCGUUUGUUUGUUUUGGGUUGGUUUUUUGUUUGGUUUGGUUUUUUUUUUUAAAAGAUGAAAAUCUUUGGAUUUUCUGCCAUUAGAAAUGGGAAUGAAGUUUUGGAUCCACCAAACUGUAGCAUGGGCAGGCUAGGCUGUGAUGAUGAUAACUCUUAGAAGUUCUGCAGGAUUUUGUACUUGCUGUUGUUUCUCUUAAUGCUGCAAUAGAUGUACGACACCCACACCACAAUGUCAUUCUCAUUCUCUUAAUAAACCUCUUUUUAUUUGAA